UUCUUGAGUUGGUAUUAUAAUUCUGUAUCCCUAUAUAUGCAUUCUGAUAUCUUUGUAUGCUUCUGGACAGAAAAACCAUUUGUCUGGCUUGCACAAACCUUAUUUCAAGCUAUCUUUUGACACGGUUCAACAAUUAAUGAAUGUGAAGAGUGACCUAUUGCAUGUCGUUCAAAGAAACCAGGAAAAAUUUGAUGCUGCAGAAGCAUAUGAGUCCAUUAUAGCAGGGAAAAGAGAACAAAGGCCUCAAGAUUUUGUAGACUGUAUUGUUGAUCUCCGCGAGUAUGAUGUUCCUUAUCAUGUUCGAUUUGCCAUUGAUAAUGAUGUACGAUGUGGGCAAUGGUAUGACGUUAGUGUAUCCAGUACUGGUCUUAUGCUGGAAAAGAGGACAGAUCUUUUGCAACGUGCUGAAGUGCAUGUUUGUGCAUUUGAUAUUGAGACUACAAAGCUUCCUUUGAAAUUUCCUGAUGCUGAAUACGAUUUACUAAUGAUGAUUUCGUACAUGGUUGAUGGACAAGGGUACCUGAUUAUUAACAGAGAGCUUUCCUGAUAAGAAAAGAGUUGGGGGAGAUAACGUGGAUAGUUCCUUUGAAGCCUCAGACCGAAUAAAGAUGGAUAUGGGGCACUUAGAGGACCAUAUCAAAACCAAUAAGAAGCAAUCCCCUAAGGCUGAAGUUCAAAAUUCUUUAAAGCAAGAGAUUCUACAACUUGAGAAGAGAUUACAAGACCAAUUUGAGGUCCGCCGGGCUUUGGAAAAUGCAAUGGGAUAUAGGUCUUGCUCUCAGGAUAAUACAACUGGAACAGUAAUGCCCAAGCCAGCCACAGAGUUAAUAAAGGAAAUUGCAGUGUUAGAGUUGGAAGUAGUGUAUUUGGAGCAAUAUCUUCUCUCCUUGUACCGGAAAGCAUUUGAUCAACAAAUAACUAUAUCUCCAUCUUCCAAGGAUGACAGAUUAAAAUCACCUAUAAAUACUCCAAGAGCAAGGAUCCACAAAGCUUCCAGACUUGAUAUUACAUCAAAGAGGGAAAGUUCAGUUGCACAAACUGGUUGUGAGUCGCUUGACAACCCAUGGAAGGAAUCCAAUGGAAUUGGUGGGGAGGAGAAGCUAUUAGAUUCUGGUGUUCAUCGCUGUCACUCCUCAUUAUCUCAACGUUCAGUGUAUUCGACUAGGACUUCACCUCCAGUUGAUUCUUUGUCUAAGGCUUUACGCGCUUGUCAUUCCCAACCUUUGUCCAUGAUGGAGUAUGCUCAGAAUACUUCGUCAAGUAUAAUCAGUCUAGCAGAGCAUCUCGGUACCCGCAUCUCUGAUCAUGUUCCAGAAACACCUAACAGGCUUUCUGAGGAUAUGAUUAAGUGCAUGUCAGCCAUAUAUUGCAAGCUAGCAGACCCGCCUUUGACACAUAAUGGCCUGUCAUCUCCCAAUUCGUCUAUGUCAUCGAUGAGUGCAUUUUCUCCACAAGAUCAGUGUAAUAUGUGGAGUCCAGGGUUCAGGAAUAAUUCUUCUUUUGAUGUACGCUUAGAUAAUCCUUUCCAUGUGGAAGGACUCAAGGAGUUCAGUGGACCAUACAGCACCAUGGUUGAAGUCCCUUGGAUUUACAGAGAUGGUCAGAAACUGGGUGAUACUGAACAUCUGCUACAAAAUUUCAGGUCCCUUAUUUGUCGAUUAGAAGAAGUAGAUCCUAGGAUGUUGAGUCAUGAAGAGAAGCUAGCAUUCUGGAUUAGCAUACACAAUGCGUUGGUGAUGCAUGCAUAUUUGGCUUAUGGGAUUCCACAAAACAAUGUAAAGAGAGUUUUUCUACUCUUAAAGGCAGCAUAUAACAUUGGGGGUCACAUCAUCAGUGCAGACACUAUACAGAGUUCUGUCCUAGGUUGCAGAAUGUCUCGUCCUGGGCAGCCAAAUUUAAAUGCAUCAUCCAAGGUUUUCUUAAGUGAGCGUGCUGUUCCUGUUGCAAUAUUUGAAACUGAUGCUGAAAUAAUGAAGCAUUAUGUGCGGAGAUGGUACAAGAUUUCAUCAGAUGUGGGCAUUCGAUCCAUUAUUGACUGGUCUUAUUACAAGCAAAGGCUUAGUUCAGCAAUACAGAAAGUUAUUACCAUUCCUGCAGCAAUGUAAAAGGUUGCGAAUCCCGUCCCUAGGGUACUACAUCCUGAUUGGCUGCAUAAGAAGGUUCGUGAGAAGGAGGACAAGUUUCGACAACGCAAAUUAGUUGAUAUCUUCAGCUCGUUGAACAGGGAUGAAUUUU